AUGGCAUAUCCUGGGCGCGAAGCAACACCAGGUACAAUACUGGCAUUUGGCGCGUUACUUUGCUUAGUUUUAGUGAAUGUAAGUGUGCCAAUUACGCCCGGAAUCUAUUUUCUUAAUAUUGUUGAUUCUCAAAAUGAGGAUUAUUUUCGAAUUGGGUUAUGGGAUGAGAACGAUUUUCCUUUUGGUGAGAAAUUGGGUAUAUUUGAUAAAACUAUAGGGUCUGCAAUAGGAAUUUUGUUUCUGACUCACGCUGUCGCCGGUGCUGCUACAUUAAUAAUGACGAUUAUGGGCUGUAUAGGACAUUUUCGUUCACAAAGAAACGGAAGAAUCCUAAUAAAAACCACCAUAGUCUCAUUAGCCGCAAUAAUAAUAACAUUACUAGCAUUCAUAUUCGACGUCAUAUUCUUUAUAGUUGGGAAAGUAACCAUUGAUAAAAACUCGGAAGCUCACGCGUCCGCGUCACUGGCAAGCGCAUUCUGGAUGAUGGUUGCCGCGUUGACUUUAGAGGCUGUGGCGAUAUUGGCUUUUUUCGUGGGACACCGAACGAUUGUUACUCGAAUGAAAAAAGCAGAAGAGAUCAAACAUAAACCGGAGAUGAGUGGAGAAGCAUAUCUGGAGCAGAAACAAGAAGAAGAGGAAGAAAUUAAGAUUGAGAAUGCGAAUAGGCCUAUUGAACAUAGACCUUUACCAAUUCCGCCAAUAUCAAAUCCGCAUUCAUUGGCUGGAACUGUUCCAAUAACACCAAAUGAAAAAUAUGGUUCCGCGUUUCCUCCCCCUGUUCCAUCUAUUCCCCCUCAAUAUUAUCAAGGAUCAUCUACGCCUUACACGUCACCUCCUUUUGGUCCUACAAUUUCAGGAUCAUCUACUCCUUACACGUCACCUCCUUUUGAACAUUCAUAUUUUAAUAGUAGCCGUAGCAGUAGCAGUAGGAGUAGGGGUGAUAGUGAUAUUCAUACACGAUCCCCACCAGCACCUUAUUAUUAUUCAUCACAGCAAGGACAGGGAUUUGAUCCUCAUUCAAGAUCAAUGAGCGAAACAACCUCUCAACGACAACAAACUAGUGAUCACGAGAAGGGUCAUACAACUGGAUGGUGA